AUGAGCGACAUUAAGAAAUCUGUUAUUGUUAUUGGCGCUGGUGUCGGUGGUGUUUCUACUGCUGCGAGACUCGCAAAAGCUGGCUUCAAAGUUACUAUCCUCGAGAAGAAUGACUUUACCGGUGGACGUUGCUCCCUCAUCCACAACGAUGGCCACCGAUUCGACCAAGGUCCAUCUCUUCUUCUCCUCCCUCGCUUCUUCCACGAGAUCUUCCAAGACCUAGGAACAUCUCUAACCGCUGAGGGAGUCGAGCUCUUAAAAUGUGAACCAAACUACAACAUCUGGUUUGGCGACGGUUCAUCCUUUGAGAUGUCCACUGAUCUCACCAAGAUGAAGAAAGCUAUCGAAGCUGUUGAAGGCAUCGAUGGUUUUGAGAGAUAUCUUGGUUUUCUUCAGGAGUCACAUCGACAUUAUGAAGUUAGUGUUGAGUCUGUACUGCGAAGAAAUUUCCCUAGUAUUUUGAGCUUGGCGAGACCUGAAGUGCUGUUCAAUCUGUUCAAUAUUCAUCCUCUCGAGAGUAUUUGGACAAGAGCGAGCAAGUACUUCUGGACUGAGAGAUUGCGAAGGGUUUUCACAUUUGGAAGCAUGUAUAUGGGUAUGAGUCCCUUUGAUGCGCCGGGAACAUAUAGCUUGCUUCAGUAUACUGAGCUUGCUGAGGGUAUCCUAUACCCUCGAGGUGGAUUCCAUAAGGUCGUUGAGGCUUUAGUCAACGUUGGUCAGCGUCUCGGUGUCGAGUACCGUCUUUCCACCGGCGUCAAGUCCAUUUCCAUCAACCAAGCAACCGGCAAGGCAAACGGUGUUGUUCUAAGCGACGGAACACAUCUCCCUUCAGACAUUGUCAUUUCAAACGCUGACCUUGUCUACACCUACAACAACCUCCUCCCCAAGACCAGCUACGCAGACUCACUAUCAAAGCGAGAGACGUCCUGCAGUAGUAUCUCCUUCUACUGGUCCGCUUCAAAGAUUGUACCUGAACUCAAUGCUCACAACAUUUUCCUCGCGGAUGAGUACCAGGAAUCUUUUGACAGCAUCUUUAAGGAGCACCUCAUUCCUUCAGAACCAUCUUUCUACGUCAAUGUCCCUUCGCGCAUUGACCCGUCGGCUGCUCCUGAGGGCAAGGACUCUAUCGUUGUUCUUGUCCCUGUUGGUCAUCUUCUUUCUGAUUCUGAAGGAACACAUCGCGGUCUGUCCAAGUCUGGAAACUCUGGUGGACUCGAAACAACCCAGGAUUGGGAUAAGAUGAUCUCUCUCGCUCGUGACACAGUCAUUGAAACAAUGCGCGCAAGAAUAGGCGUCGAUCUUGCUCCGCUUAUUGAGAACGAGAUCAUCAACACUCCCUUCACAUGGCAAGAGAAGUUCAACCUCGAUAAGGGUGCCAUUCUGGGUCUUAGCCACUCCAUCAUGAACGUUCUCGCCUUCCGACCUGGUACUCAGCACUCGAAGUACAAGAACUUGUACUUCGCUGGUGCCAGCACACAUCCUGGUACUGGUGUUCCUGUCUGUAUUGCUGGUAGUAAGAUUGUUGCAGAGCAGAUUCUCAAGGACUCAGGGUUCAAGAGUCAUCAGAUUCCUUGGGCGCAGGAUACUGCCAAGUCUCCCAAGGGUGGACUGGACAAAAUGAGCGAUUCGUCUUUGACUCUGUUCCAAGGGUUCUUGGGAGCUUUGGUUGCGAUCUUGUUGGCUUAUUACUAUCUUGUCAUUGCUGCGAACUAG